UCACAUACGCAGUUGUGUGUAGGCUUUCCAUCACAGACCAAAUGAGUAUUGUCCAGCACUAUAAUACCAGGAACACUCAUCGUGUACAUCUAGUGUGCAUCCCGUGUGCAUUCAGUCUUUUCAAGAUACUUAUUUUUGUGGUUUAGGGAUCUCGGUUUUUUGUGAUAUAUUAGUCGUCCACCUUUUCUUCAUUAACUGUUGAAGGCCGGAAAAUUUUGGAAUGGUAAUUUUCAAUGCAGGAAGUUCAUUCAAAAGAACCUUAGAAAUUCUUUACUUCAAAUUUACUCUCAAUAACAUACAUCAAUAUGUACUGCAACAUGAGUACCCCAGAGAGGCCUAUCCUUGAUGACGAAAUAACCAAGGAUAAGAGGUUCAAAGACAGGGUGGUUAUUGUCACCGGUGGAGCAUCGGGCAUAGGCAGGGCCACAGUCGAAAGAUUCGCCAAUGAUGGCGCGAGUGUGGCCAUCUUUGAUAUCGAUGACGUCAUUGGACCAAUGGUGGCCGAGGACUUGACUAAAUCUGGUCAUAAAGUGACAUUUUUAAAGGUGGAUGUCGCCAAUAAAUCCGAGUGCCUGGAGGGGGUGGUCAAGGUGGCUGAGGCCAACGGAUGGGCUGUUCACCAUCUUGUCAAUAAUGCAGCCUACUUUGAUUGGAAAGGUCUUGAUGCAGAGAGGGAAGACUGGCACAACACGAUGACAGUGAAUGUUGAGGGAUACGCCAACUUGGUCCAAGCAUGCUACCCUUACAUGAAAACAGGCAAAGAUUGCACCAUAGUAAACGUGAGCGGCAACUCGGCCCACCGUGCGGAACCCAACCGGUGGACAUACUCUGCAAGUAAGGGCGCCAUCGUUUCUAUGACGAAGUGUAUGGCGUUAGAUCUUGGGCAGGAUGGGAUAAGAGUCAACUGUGUGUCGUCGGCUUCGGUGUGGUCACCCGCGGUAAGCAGUGUCGUCUUCGGUGACAGAGCAGAAAGUCAAGCCACUAUUGGUCAAGUCCACAUUCUCCAGCGCGUGGCUAUGCCGUCCGAAGUAGCUGCAGCCAUUACGUUUCUGAGCAGCCGGGACGCCAGUUUCUUCACGGGGGCGGACAUCCCGGUGGAUGGGGGUCACAGCGCGAUGAGUCCAGAGGGCUUCGGGAUACCCAAGGACGACUACUUAUUGAAUGAUAAGAAAAAAUCACCGGUGAAAGAGAAAAGUUUGGAGGAUGAACUCAGAGAAGCAGCUACGGAUCCCGAUGCUUGAUAGUACAUACACCGUUCAAGAUAGUUAAUGACAAUAGUCACUUCCAUUGCUUUCAAUUCAUAGACUGUUGAUAUAACAUUUCGACGAAGUUGUUGAAACAGGUAUUUCGCUUUGUGUUUGGGAUAAGUCAGGACUGAACUCCGAAGAAAUGAAGCAACUCUCCCAAAAUGUAUCACUGAGGCACCGGGUCAUCCUUGGUUGACACCAUGAGAAUAAAGGACUGCUUUCCCCUUUCCGAUUAGCAAAUUCAAAAAAUCUUUAACAUAGUAACGCAUACUCGGCAUCUUAGACUCACGAGGCAGUCUAUUUGUAAUAUUAUGCUACCAAAUGUUCUUGGCCAAUAGCGUAACUCGAUUCACAUCAUGUGAUUUCAAGUCAUCACAUCGUAUCGGAUCCAAAAAAGCAAUAACGGAUCCAAAAAAAUGUCGUAACGGGUCCUAAAAGGUUUUAAUCCAAUCAAAAUGGAUCAAAAUUGUUUCAUUAUUUUCCUUUGGAUUGAUUUCUUUGCCAAGACAUUUGGUUGCAUAAUAUAGCAAAUAGUGGAUGUUUAAGGUCGUCCAAUAUGGAAUUUUGCUGGACUCAGAAAGCCUCGUCCGCCAUGACAUUUCUUCGUCCAUCAAAAUUCCAUAUCGGACUCCCAAACAUCCACUAUUUGUAUAAUGUUGGUUCUUCUUCUUCUUCCUUAUGUUAGGGACGCUUAUUCCAACCAGAGUGUUUUAAGAGACUCGGUGUCAAAUUGAUCUGAAGUAGAUUCGCUAUUAAAAUAGUUCACAUCUA